UAAAUAUAGUCAGCCAUUCCACUGCAGUUGUGGGAACACAGGUACUGGUUAGUAACGAGUUAGCCUAAUCGAGCCGUUAUCGAAUAAUCUUAUCUCUUGCGUGACUAGCUUUAGGAAUUUAUAUUAGCCAGUGUUUUUCGAUUGUAACAGGAAGACGGCUGACUGCGUAGUCAGCUAAACGGUUUUUAAUUCUUCUUCCUAAGAGCCAAAGAGGCCAGAAUGGCAUUUUAAGGCAUAAUGCGGCAACACUAAUGCAUCGGCAUGCAUCAGGCAAAGCAAAAGAUCCAGCGUUAUUCCAUCGCCAAAACUGCCAAGCAGUUGGGCUCCACACGCGGAAUAACCGCGAGGCAACCGAUACCGCUACUACUUGAUCGGGGAAAGUAGGGACCUGGCUAGCCUUCUUGGCUGUUGCACUGAAACUACCAACCUGUCCUUUGACUAUUAUAACCUAAAUUAGCAGUGAUCAGAAUGAAGCCCCAAGACAUACUAUCCGAGAAAACCAGUCUAUGGAUUUUCGGGUACGGAUCCCUGGUGUGGAAACCUGAUUUCAAAUUCAAGAGGAGUAAAGUCGGGUACAUCCAGGGGUACAUGAGACGCUUCUGGCACGGCGACAAUUUCCACCGGGGUAACGACGAAAUGCCGGGAAGGGUGGUGACUCUGGUGGAAGACGAUGACGCGUGCACCUGGGGGGUGGCUUAUGAGGUCACUGGGUCCCAGGUGGAGGAGUCCCUCAAAUACCUAAAUGUGAGGGAGGCGGUGCGGGGUGGCUACAUCACCAAGGCUGUGGAAUUCAUCCCACGCGGUGACGAAGAGGCCCCGCUGCUCUCCCUGGUCUACAUCGCCACUGCCGACAACCCACUCUACCUGGGACCUGCCAGCCACGAGGAGAUUGGCGCCCAGAUCUUCAAGAGCAGCGGCAAGACCGGCCACAACGUCGAGUACCUGCUGCGGCUCGCCGAGUUCAUGCGGCAAUACUGCCCCGAAGUGGAGGACGACCACCUGUUCUCCAUCGAGGCCACCAUCUUGGCUAACAUCUUGGCUCUGGUAUCCGCCCUGGCUCUCGGCGUCCGUCUGCCGGCGUCCGAACCCGCCGUGUCUGCCCUCUAAACCCGCUGCCUGCUUUGAGGGCUGACGCCAGAGGUCACGAAGAAUAGAAUGAACAACGCCAUCCAAACAUCUGUCUGUUACAGUUAGGCUCGCUGCUUGUUGUACCAAUGUGUCCGUGUCUGUUGUUCAUGAAAAGCCAUGCAAUUUCUGUUAAAACUGGUACAAAAGGACCGGCUUAAUAAUUGUUCAAAGGAAGGUUUGGUAUUUUCAGUGCAAGAAAUGUCCCUACUUAAUAAACGUAAGAUCUGUGGGUAUUGUGCAAUAUUGAUCAUUUGGUUAUUGUAUUGCUGUAAGUAGCAUUUAAGAUACUCCCAUCACUGUAGAUUUGUUUUCCUGGCACAAAGGGGUUGGCACAUCUUUUGAGAACUUGUUCAAAUUAAACCACCGUAUACACUACAGAUCCAGAUGUUAGGUCAAUUCUAUAUGCCCAUUCCCCACCUUCAGUUACUGUACAGGAACUAGCUGUAUACCUUUGUUAUAGAAGGAUUUUGUUUUUUAAUUGCACUUUUUGUUUUUUUUACCUCAUGUGAACAGCAGAUGUCAUUAAACCAUUAAAUUCAA